AUACUGUGGUUGCUCUCUGCUAUCUAGUCACCGUCAGCUUCUCUCUCUGCACCUUUGAGGGUAAGAGCGAUGGACAGUCCCUCGAAUGAGAAAUCGCCAGUGCCCCCAGACCCGGACACAAGCUCACCAGCGCCCAAGAAGAAACGGCGCAACUUCCUGUAUCGCUUGUAUAGACCUGACCCUGCCCCGCCCGCUUUUGGAAAAGGCACCAUCGUCCCUGAUAUACGAUCGAACAUACUAUCUAGGGUAACGGUGCAAUGGUUGACUCCCCUGCUGGCUGUGGGAUAUACGAGGCCUAUUGAGGAAGAUGACCUUUGGGAACUUGACGACGCUCGUCUCGCACACACCGUCGCCGACAAGCUCGAGCAAAACUUCUACUCCCGCUGUCCGCCCGAAAAGCGCCCUGCCUUCUUGCGUGCUAAGGCUGCUGCUGCGGGAGAAGGGGAGGAAGGGAAGAUCACCCCCACCAGUACGAGCACGGCUGCUCGCCCGUCGGGGGAGCAUGAUCUCGAGAAAGGCGGUGCCUCUGAGCAGCCCCCGCACAAGUCUUCCCUCGGCAGGAAGGGGAAGUCCAAGCCCCGAGCAAAAAAGGAGAUCACCGACUCCUCCCUUAUCCUCGCUCUCAACCGUACGUUCUUCUGGCGCUUUUGGCCCGCAGGCAUCCUCAAGCUUGUCGGGGAUACGCUCAACACUACCACUCCGCUGGUGAGCAAGGCACUUAUCACGUACAUCACUCAGGCGUAUGUGUACUACCGCGAUCCGGAAGCGCCGCCCCCUCCUAGCGUGGGCUAUGGUGUGGGAUUGGCAGUUGCGUUGUUCGUGAUGCAGGAGGCGAGCAGUAUAUGCCAGAACAACUAUAUGCAGUGGAGCAUGCAGACUGGGUUCUUGAUUCGCACAUCCGUCAUCUCCAACAUCUUCCGCAAAUCGCUCCGGCUGUCUGGCAAAGCCCGCCUCACGCACAGCACCGGCCAAAUAACGACCAUGAUCUCCGCGGACGCAACGCGCAUGGACAUGGCCUCCGGGUUCGCGCACAACCUGUGGGUCUCCCCGAUUCAGAUCCUCGUCGGUAUCGGCCUGCUUAUUGCCAACCUUGGGUACUCGGCGCUCGUCGGUCUUGGAGUGUUGAUCAUUGGUUUCCCACUGCAGGGGUAUCUGGUGAAGAUGAUCUUUGGUGCUAGGAGGAGGGCGGUCAUGCUCACAGACCAGAGGGUGCGGCUAAUGCAAGAAAUCCUCGCAGGUAUCCGCGUCAUCAAGCUCUUCGUGUGGGAGGCGUUUUAUGGUCGCAAGAUAGACGAUAUCAGGGAGAAGGAACUAAGGAAUAUCCGGAUUAUGGCACUGUCCCGCGCUUUUAUGUCUUCGGUCGUAGCGUUCAUCCCGAUCGCUGCCUCCAUUCUGUCUUUCAUCACCUAUGCCCUCUCCCAUCACGCCCUAGAACCCGCGAUCAUCUUCUCCUCCCUCCAAUACUUCAACAUCAUCCGCGCUCCUCUCAUCUUCCUCCCGCUCGUCUUCACCGUCUGUACAGACGCAUACAUCGCCCUCGGCCGAAUCGGUAAGAUGCUCACAGCGGAGGAACUCGAGGAACCCUAUUCCGUGGAUCUGGAUGCGGAGCUGGCAGUGGAUGCGGAGGGGGAGUUCGUCUGGGAGAGCGUGGAGAAGCCGGAUGAUAAGUCCACGGGGGCGGGAAAGGGAGGAAGGGGUGGGAGAGGAGGUGCCAUGGGCAGGGGUGGGGGGCACGCAGGUGCCAAAACGGGAAUGAGCAGGGAAGAGGCAAAGAAGAAGAAAGCGGAGGAGGCGAAGAAGAAGGCUGAAGAGAAAGCGCGCAAGAAGGAGAAUAAGGAGAGGAAAAAGAAGGGCUUGCCCCCGCUUGAGGAGGAGAAGGAGGAGAACCCGAAUGGGAGGAAACCGUUUGCUCUCAAGGAUAUCAAGUUGAAGGUCCCGAGAGGGAGCUUCAUCGCUAUUGUGGGUAAGGUUGGGAGCGGCAAGUCGUCUUUGCUCCAGGCGCUUAUCGGAGAGAUGCGCCGUACUCGCGGUCAUGUCGUCUAUGGCGGUUCGACAGCCUACGUCCCCCAAGCAGCGUGGAUCAUCAACGCCACCCUGCGAGACAACGUCACGUUUGGCAAACCCGACGAUGCGGAAAAGUUUGACGCCGUAUGUCAUGCCUGUGCGCUCACGGCAGAUCUUGACAUGCUCCCGAAUGGGGAGAUGACCGAGAUCGGCGAGAAGGGGAUCAACCUCAGUGGUGGACAGAAGGCGCGAGUGUCCCUCGCCAGGGCAACGUACUCCGACGCGGACAUCGUCUUACUUGACGAUCCGCUCAGCGCGGUGGACGCGCAUGUGGCGAACCAUAUUCUUGAUAACUGUUUGCUGAGAGGACCGCUGGCGAACAAGACGCGGAUUUUGGUCACCCAUGCCUUGUAUGUAUUGCCCCAUGUGGAUCAUAUCCUUCAUGUAGAAGAAGGGCGGAUCACGGAAUCUGGCACUCAUGAGGAAUUGUUGAGCAACGGGAAAGGCUUUGCUGAACUUAUGGAGGAGUUUGGUAGCCAGCAGCAGCAAACAAAGGUCGAAGAGGAAGAGGAGAAGAAAGCUGCCAAACCCGGAGAAACGAAGGCCAACACCAAAGGCCCCAAGCUGAUGCAGGAAGAAGACCGGGAAACGGGGCAAGUUUCCACAAAGGUUUACACCGAGUGGCUCCAAGCCGCCGGAUCUAUCCUCUGGGCUCCUGGCAUUCUGGCCAUCAUUGCCCUUGGUCAAGCCGCAUCCGUUGGAAAUAACUUGUUCCUCGGGUUUUGGACGAAUAACAGCUUCGCUAACUUUAGCCAGUCGGGAUACAUGGGCCUAUACGCUGGGCUUGGUGCUGCUCAGGCGUUGUUCGCGUUCCUCGGGGCCUUUGGUUUCAGUUUGGCAUCUAUUGCAGCUGGAAGGAAGCUGUACGCGACAGCUCUCAUGAGAGUGUUCAGGGCACCUGUGUGGUUCUACGACACUACUCCUCUGGGACGGAUAGUAAAUCGGCUUGCGAAAGAUGUAGACGUCAUGGACAAUCAGCUGGCUCAGUCAUUCUAUCAGCUCUUAAGUACCGCCGCAUCCGUUGUUGGCACUGUCUUCCUCGUGUUCUACACCUAUGCGUACCUCGGAAUCAUCUUCGUCCCUCUGCUGUUCUUGUACUGGGCCGCAUCUACCUUCUAUCGCCGAACAUCGGUCGAAGUGAAGCGCAUGGACUCUAUUCUGCGUUCCAACCUGUACGCCUCCUAUUCUGAAACGCUGACAGGACUAGCCACUGUUCGCGCAUAUCGAGAACAGCAACGAUUCGUGACGACAACCGAACACGCGAUAGACGUAGAAAACAGGGCCUACUUUAUGACCAUUACCUUGCAGAGGUGGCUCGGUAUGCGACUUGACUUCCUUGGAAACUGCCUCAUCCUCGGAAUUGGCCUGUUUUCUGUCGGAUUCCGUAACACCGUCGACCCAUCGAAGGCUGGUGUUGUGCUUUCCUACACUCUGUCCAACGCCGAGCUCAUCUCGGCCCUUCAGCGUGCUUGGUUGCUUCCACAGGCUGGGCAAAGCGACCCAAUUGCAGAAGCCAAGUUUGACUUGGACGGGGCAGUCACCGACGAAGGGACGAACUUCAGUGCUGGUGAACGCCAGCUAGUCGCUUUGUGUCGAGCAUUGGUGAAGAACAGCAAGAUCAUCGUUCUCGACGAGGCCACGUCGAGCGUUGAUGUUGCUACCGAUUCAAAGAUCCAGAUGACAAUUCAGCAAGAAUUCGUUUCGUCUACCCUACUUUGCAUCGCACAUCGUCUGAAUACUAUUGUGUACUAUGAUCGCGUGCUGGUGCUCGACGACGGAAGAAUUGCCGAAUUCGAUACCCCGCUGAAUCUGUUUGAUAACCCUACUUCGAUCUUCCGCUCUAUGUGCGAUAAGGCUGGUCUCAGUCGACGAGACAUCGAGCGGAUCCGUGCCGGAGUUGCCAGCCAAUUGCCGACUCUCGUGGCGCCGACACCAGAGGAUUGA